CCACUAGACCUCCAGAGACUGGUUUUCUGGACAACCACUUUUUCAGAAACUCUAAAAAGUAACCAAAAUCUUUCUUAAUGAGGCAUAAUUGUAGCACGCACAUUUUUGAUUAAAAUGAGACAUCCCCUUUCAGCUCUACACGACCUUUCUUUCCAAAGUUAUAGAAUUUACAAGAAAAGCCCUAAAUUAAUUUCUUAUUUCUGUAGCUUUGAGCUGACAAUGAACAUUUAGGAUUUUUGUUGUGAAUUCUAUAACUUUGGAAAGAAAGGUCGUGUAGAGCUGAAAGAUGUCUCAUUUUAAUCAGAAAUGUGCGUGCUACAGUUAUGCCUCAUUAAGAAAGGUUUUGGUUACUUUUUAGAGUUUCUGAAAAAGUGGUUGUCCAGAAAACCAGUCUCUGGAGGUCUAGUGGCCCGUCUCAUGUUAAUAUUUGGAAUCAGCAUGAUCGACUACCUAUAGUCCACUAGAUUUCGUCUCGAAAGCGAUUUGACAGUUGGGAACGUUCCCUCGUCAGUGCACCCUGCUUGCGCGUCGUAAUACUGUUUCUGUCAUACACUAGACCCUAUCUCGAAAGCCUUUUUGUUUAUAAAAUAUUGUUCCUUCGAGUUUUAAUAAAAAUUCUUGUGAAUGAGAUCUUGCUUAUAACUUCUCAAGGAAGAGUGGCUGGAAUAUGUCUGAAUAUUUUAUUCUACACAGCUGUUUGUGUCAAAAAAAGAUUAAAUAUGAAGUUUCAGUGUUGUGAUAUAUAAAAAAAGAGAUUAAAUAUGAAUUUUAAACACUUGCAUUUCUCCAAACAAAUUUUGAUUUCUGCAUUUAUUCACAAUAAAAACUCAAGAAAAUUUGAAACGUGUCAGUCUAUAGAUGACAGUUACAAGCUAUGUCAAUCGCGUAAUAUUUUCAAGAAUAUUAUUUUUGAACGGAAGAGCAUUGAUUUAUACAGUCUGGGUACUGAAAAAACGCGUGUGUGUUUCCUGUUUGCAUAUUAUGUAUUUCGUGAGAAACAAGUGAAGAGUAUUAAAAAAUUGAUAUUCUUAAAUGCUGGAAUAGCAGAAAGGGAUCAUGCUACUGUCGGAUAUGAACAUUUUAGCUAUGGUGCUACUUUUUCCUUGACAGAACCAGUACAGUUAUUUCACCAGACUGUCCCGUUGUGCCUUCGAGAUUAUAUGGCAGAAAAAUCGAAAACGAAAAACAGAAAAACCCUAUAUAUGACAGGCGCGUGUUCAGGAGGGUGUUUCAUAAAAAAUUCUUAAGUGCUCAAUUUAACUAACUCUAGACUUAAGUCAGACUUAAGUGUACAAAACGAAGACUUAAGUCGAACACUUAAGAAUUGUUAUGAAACAUCCUCCAAGGCUUUUGACAGGGGGGGAUCAAAAUUCUUUCGUCCAGUAGGAGGCAAAGUCUUCAUUUUCUUAUAAUUCUUAGCUUUGAUUUUCAAAGUAUAGCGAUAAAGUUUUUCAGAGAGCAUUAAUUCCCCUCUGGAAUAUCGUAAUGCUAAUAUAUUCGGUUGUAUACCAAUAAAAAGGUAGUAGUAUACUUAGCUGAUGAUCCAAAGCGUGCGCAUUUAGCCAAAAAAUGAGAAUAGUCGUUUUUUAACUGAAGUGAAUAAUGUGACACGUAAACGAGAAAACCAAAUUAAAUAUAAAGCAUGAACGAAAAAAAUUAUAUUUCUAUGUUAACAGACUUUCUCUGAAUUAGUCAACUAGUACAAUGAAUACAUAUAUUUUAUCUAUGUAUACCACAUUUGAGCAAUACGGGUCUUUUGAAAAACUCUUUUUCUGAACACAACAAUCUCUGAGAAAAAUGUUUUUCAUUCCUAGUCUCUUUCAUUCAAUUUCCUAUAGAAAAUUUAGUUUUCUGUCUGUGAACUAGAUAUUUUGAGCGAUGGGAAAUUAUAUUGAGCUUAAAAAAUCUGUUUGACACGAGUCAAAAAUACCUACUGUACGAUUCAUGAUAUAUCGAUCAUUGGCGCGAUAAAGGUCUUGAAAGUCUCAUAAGUAACUCUCUCAAUACUCUUCUGUGCCAUUGAUGAAUUUCAGAUUACUAAAUUUGUAUUGUGUUUAUCACAAGAGCAUACAUGGAUGCAGACAAAAAUAACUCACUUACUCUUAACGAUUUACCGCCUGAAUUGCUAUUUUCUAUUGUAAAAUAUCUGGAACCAAAAGAUCUUUGUAUACUUUCACAAGUCAAUUGCAAUUUUUAUAAAAUAGCAAGAGAUGAUCACUUAUGGAAAGCUUUUUGCAGACGACUCUACAAGAUAAACUCAUUAGUUUUAAAUCAAAGCACAUUUUACAGGUAUGAUCUAUAGAGAAUUUAAAGUCAAAAUGAUUAUAAUUUUUGAAAAGUAUAAGAAGAGGGAGCGCGAAAACUACUUUUAAUUAUUUUUAUAAUGCCCAUAUUCUGUGUCUAUUUUGGCUGUUACUAUUACUUAAUAUAUAAUUUGUUUUUUUUUUCUUUUUAGUUUGUUUACAACUGUUCUUAGUCCUUAUGGUAAAUAUUUUGGUUAUUGGAGUCAAUCAACUCCUGUCUAUGGUGGACUUGUACAUGUUUAUUUGUGUUUGGAUUCGGGUUUGAUUAUUGGUGAAAAAAUAAAAGCUAUUAACAAUCUUAGCCGUGGUUUGGAUGGAGAUGAAGAUGAAUUUGAAGGCGAAAAUGAAUAUAAUCUGAUUUCAAAACUAAAACCAAAAUAUGAAAGAACAAAAUUAUUUCAAAUUAAUCCGAACGAAAACGAAAAAUUAUGUUUAGGUCAUGAUAAUGGGUCACAUUCUAUGGACAUUAAUUAUGUACGAAAAAAACGAGUACCAUUGAACAAUUCACCCGCUUUAUUGAUGGCAGAACAUACCAUAUUGAACGAAGAAGUUGAUGAUUUAUAUUUUACAACAAACUGUUCUCUUAAAAUGGAUAUAUAUCAUCCCAUUUGUUAUUCGAUCUAUGAGAAUCAGAUACCAUUUUCUUCCCGUGAAUGGUCAUUGUCAUGUUUAAAAGGGAUUUGGGUGGGUACUUAUUCAACACAUGGCCUAGAAUUUCUCUAUUUAAAUUCGAUUACUAAUUUUGUCUGUCCCACGUCAUUAGGCAAGGAAUGCUUAAUAUCAGAUAAAGUACUUGAGAAUGUUUUAAUAGCAACAAAGAUAACUGGUGAUCCAAAUGUACCACGAGGAGAAAUAUCGUUUGUUGCAUUGAAACAAAUGGAUAAUGUUGAUUCUAAGAAUAAUGAUUUUAUCCAACAACGAUGUUUUCAAGCUGCGGGACAAAUUGCUGCCACAGGUUUUGUUAAUCCUUCUUAUAUUAAAACAAAACUAGAAGUCGUAUCAAAUGAUGAAAUAUUAAUAACAUGGUAUCAAUUAUAUCAUAUAUCUAGAUAUAAAAGAUGUGUAUUCUAG